AGUGUGCAGGAGAGGUUGGAAGCCAAAAUGGCUAGUGAAGACGCCUCCCCUAUAUAAAUAUCAGCAGUCACACUUAAAUAAGAAAAACAAGAUAAAAACAAAGAUUGGGUAAUUCAUCAGACGAAGCAGUAACACAAAACUGAUGUUUACAAGUUGAGGUGCAUUACAAUGAAAGCCAUGAACCUGAUAAAUCGUUGCUUAUUAGUUCUUUUCACAUGUUUUCUGAAUACUGAUAAUGCAGACUAUGUAGAUUGUAGAGAUGGAAGUAGACCGCUCCAAAGAGAUGGUCCUCUGCAUUUCAGUGAAUAUUGAUUAAAGGAAGUCCGACAAUGAGGAAGAUCAGUCCUUCGAGUGUGCCGUGGAAGAUGAGUGAAUGUCUGAGGAAGACUUAAAUGACUUCAAUCUAAAGUUCACAUUAAAAACUGCCAGAAGUACGAGUACGGAGCACAUGAAUCCUCAAACAUUUCUUUUGGAUUAGGAAAAUCUUCUUGAUAAGUGGGACAUGUGCCGGCCCAGACUGUAUUACAAUACAUAACAUAAGGAUGAAUUAAGCUGUAAUAAAAAGUAUGAUGAUUAAUCAGUGAACAAACUCGACUCAAAACACCAGUUGUCUUGAUUGUCUUGUCAUCUUAUUUGAAAUAUUUUGCCAUGAAGUCCAUGAUGUGUAAAACCUGAUUUUGCAUGGUGGUGGCUACAGAUGGCAGCCAGAAGUCACGUGAAACAUGCUAUAUAACAUGGCUGUGAGCCACCCUGCUUAUCCAGCUGCUUCAAGUCGGGCCCUGGGCCCCAGACUCUGAUGGCUGCAGGCCUUCCAGCACUGUUGCUUACGGUCGCCUCAUGUAGUGGUGCGGAGUUUGAGAUCGAGAGAACGAGGCGGUGUAGUCCCUCAUUCGGCCAGGAGUGUCCCGUCGUCGUAGUCAUCUGGCCGCUGUUUCCAGAGUCAAGACGCUUCGGCUCCCAUCCGGAAGUCCUCUCAAACAGUGGAAACAGGGUCCAGGUGGCUACGACUGAAACCUUUUCUACGAUCGAGAGGACGCUUUAUUCGAAGCCUUAGACGAUACAGAUGAUGAUUGAACUACACUCCACACCAGCUGGUGGCAGUAAUGCUCAGUUUGCCAAUCGCAUCACACCUUUAUAAAGACGAAGAAGCGUCACGUGGACCAAUGAGCGCAGGGAGAAAGUGACGGAAGCCUUCAGGUGCGCGGUGAAGACGCAGCAGGCCUUCAGUCACUGAAACAGCCACCAUGAGGCUGAUGGCUGGCGCUGCUACAGGAGCUUCAUUCAGCUGCUUGACUCUGGCUCUUCUCUUGUGGCUGCAUUGCUGUCACAUGGUCAGCAUUUUUGGCCAAAAGUCUGACUCUGCCUUAACUGUGGUGGAGAAUACAGAAGGAGGAGAAGAAAUAGAUGGUGGUGAAGAGGAGGAGGUGAUGGUUGAUGAAGGAGAUUUGGAGGUUGUCCAACCUACUGAGGAGUGGCAGACUCUUAAACCAGGCCAGGCAGUGCCAGCAGGUUCCCAUGUGAGGCUGAAUCUGCAGACAGGUCAGAGGGAGGUCAGACUGGGAGAAGAGCAGCUUAAGUACGGGACACGGGAACACAGGGAGACAGAAGAGAUCCAGUCCCCCUUCAGUCCUGAUGAGCUGAAACGGGCCAUGAAGAAGAUAAAGGAGGACCUGAACCCUGACUCUGUGGCGUCGAAGUAUCGUCCCCUCGAGGAGUUAAAGACAGACAUGGCUCAGCUGGACCUGCUGGUGGAGACGGAUGUUCAGAUAAUGAGGCGCCUGCUGACCCAGUUCAACAGCAGCAGCUCGACUACAGAGCAGAGGCUGAACAUCCUGCUGGAGCUGGAGUACCUGGUGCAUCAGGUGGAUAAUGCUCAGACCCUGUGUUCAAUGGGGGGUCUCCAGUUCAUGCUACAGGGUCUGAACAGCUCUGACCUCAGAUUACAGGAAAGCUCUGCCUUUGUCCUGGGAUCUGCUUUGGCCAGUAACCCGGUGGUUCAGGUGAAGGCUGCGGAGAGUGGUGCUCUGCAGACGCUCUUAACCACACUGGCCACUGCGCAGCCGCUCCGAGUCAAAAAGAAGGUUCUGUUUGCACUGGCCUCCCUCUUACGUCACUUUCCAUACGCACAGCAUCACUUCCUGUCACAUGGAGGGCUGCAGGUCCUAUCAGAGCUGUUCAGGGCAGAUGGAGGGGGAGUUCUGCGUACACGCAUUGUCACCAUGCUAUAUGACCUGAUCAGCGAGAAGGAGCUGAUCUCUCAGGCAGGUUUGGACCCGGUGCUGGACGCCUCCCGGGAGGAGCGGGUGCGUCAGUACUCUAAGGUGUCCCUGCAGGGGGAGCUGCUGGAGAAGGGCUGGUGCAGUCUGGUCCCGCAGCUGCUGGAGUCCACGGAGCAUGACUACAGAGAGAAGGCUCUGCGGGCUUUGUUGGCGAUGGCUCCCGUGUGUUUGGAACAGUACCGCUCAGACAGCUCUCUGCUGGGCUCUCUGCUCUCUCUGAGAGACCAGUACCAGGAAAUGGUCCAGUCAGAAAUGAUUCUGGGAGAUGAGAACGGCUACUUUGCAGAGAUUGUAGAACUUAUAGAUGCUCUACAAGUCAAAAUGAAAUGACGAGAGGAUUGUACGGAGUGAUAUUUUACAUGACCAUACAAUUCAGAGAGGGGGACACAAGGCUGGUCAGUAUGAACUGGACCUAAGACUUCAUCGGUGGCCUUACAACAUUUUUAUUGUGUGUUUAUAUUUUUACUUUGUGUCGAUAACUUAAGAAUAAGUAAGUUAUUAAAACGAAGGGGUUGUGUGGGGAUCCCCUGCAGGGUUACCUUUAAAGCAGAAAUGAUAGUGUUGGAAGCUGAAGCUAUAAUCCAUUGGUCCAUAUGAUAAACAUGUAUGUGCUGUGUAAACAGUAAGUUUUGCUUCUGGAUUGUUUUGUGUUCUCCCACCCGGAUGUUCAUCUGUCGCUAUAAUGAGCCACAGCAUGUGAGCAGAAUUACUUCAGACUGUAUUCAUACUCGGUCCAUGAUGAUGGGACUGCAUUUUAAGACGGUCCAGUAGGCUAUCAGCGGUUCAGGAGCCAUUUGUCAUUGACUUGUUAAUGUUGCAUUUGAGAUCCCCCUUGAAUUGGCUCUGAUGAAAGAGCCAGCAGCACUGCAGGAACAGCGUGUGGACUCCACCUCAGCAGAGAGCAGCUGCUGUCACCUGCACAGUUAGCAGAGAGCUGCUAGAACUCGAUCUGUGUUAGGAUUAUUAAUUACAUCAGCCUGCACACUACAUAAAGUUGACAGCACAUUAAGGUCCACCGUAAUGACCUCUGCCUGGGUGGCUCUGUAGUGACGUCACACUGCCACUGGUUUUGUGUUAGAAGUCUCUUUUUGGGUGCUGAAACAUGACCUGUAUCACAACACCGUCUGUCAAUAAAACUCCAGCUGCGGUAUGAAAA